ACCGAGUGGGGGACAGGGCUGUGGCACCGGCUGCCCCCGCGGCCCUCGGGAAGGGCUCGGCACUGGACCAUCCCUCGGGAAAGGCUCGUCACCCGGCCAUCCCUCGGGAAAAGCUCGGCACCGGGCCGCCCCUCGGAAGGGCUCAGCCCCGGCCGCCCCGCGGACCCCCGCGCUCCCACUCGUGCCCCCCGCGCAGGUCCCGGCGCUGCCUCAGGGAAGGAAAAUACGCAUUGAGACAAUUCAGCAGCUAUGCCAAAGGGCAAGAAGAAAGAUGUCAAGAAAAAAGAUGUCAAGAAAGACAGUAAGACAGCAGACAGCGAGAAGGCAGAAGAAUCUGUACAUACUCCUGAUCCUGCACAAGAUAUUACAGCUGAGAGUGGUUUAACAGGGCUGCCAGAUUUGCAGAGUGAUUCAGUGAAUGCCGUGGGAGAAACUCAGGCAACUCCAGAGAUCCCAGAGGAGGAAGAGGAACCUCCAGUCCAGCCUGUUCCUCAGUACCGUGAGGAGCCUGUUCUUGCUCAAAUUAUUGUAAAAAGCUAUGAAGGUGAACAAGUCAAUGGAUUGUAUGAGGGUGAAGGAUUUGCAUGUUUUGAGGGAGGGGGUACUUAUAAGGGCAUGUUUUCUGAAGGGUUUAUGCAUGGACAAGGGACUUACACGUGGGCUGAUGGAGUGAAGUACGAGGGAACAUUUGCUAAGAAUGUGCAGAUGUUUAAUGGCCGUUAUACAUGGAAUGAUGGCGUCUAUGAAGGAUCAAUCAAAGAUGGAAUUAGGCAUGGAUUUGGAUUUUUCAGGAGCAGAACUCGUCCUAUUUCUUACCUUGGCGAGUGGUGUAACGGCAAAAGACAUGGAAACGGUAUCAUUUAUUUUGAUGAGGAACAUGCCUCUUGGUAUUCAGGUGAAUGGGUCAAUAAUGUCAGAGAAGGAUGGGGAAUGAGACGCUACAAGUCUGGAAACACCUAUGAAGGUCAGUGGAAGAAAAAUGUACGACACGGACAUGGAAGAAUGAUAUGGUUGGCAGCUAAACAAGAGUAUGUAGGACAGUGGGUGAAUGGCAUCCAGCACGGAUACGGCACCCACGUGUGGUUUUUCGAGAGAGCUGCUCUGUCUCAGUACCCUCUGAGGAAUGAAUACGUGGGGGAUUUUGUGCGAGGGGAACGACACGGGCACGGGAAGUUCAUCUACGCCGGGGGAGCCCUGUACGAAGGCCAGUGGGUUUGUAAUAAGAAGCACGGCAAGGGCAAGUUUAUCUUCAAGAAUGGUCAUGCUUAUGAAGGAGAGUUUGUAGAUGAUCGUCUGGUAGUUCUUCAUCUUCCAGUGAAUGCAGUGAAUGCAAAAGAGCUGAGUGGCAUUGGCACUCAUUCUGUCAUUGAAAAUAUCACAGUCAUUAAUGACUUGGAAAGUACUUCUAUCCUUGGCUCGGAUAUUGAGUUGGAUAUAUCUUCACUGCUUGACUUGUUCCCAAGGGAAGAGAGACAGGAAGAACUGCACCAAGUAGAAUGUGCCGUGUUGAGGCACAUGAUAACGCUGAGAAGAGACUACAACUUCUACAGUGCCUUAGGCUACGUUCAUUCUCCCGACAACACUUUCCUCAUGACUAAGCUCCAGUUCUGGAGGUUCCUGAAGGACUGCCGGAUUCAUCACUCCAAAAUAAGCCUUGCUGAAAUGGAUCGGGUGGUGGCAGGUGGUAAAGGGCUUCUGGAGAUCCAUUGUCCACACCAGCUAUUACUGUUCAGAACAUUUUUAUCUUACCUUAUUCAUCUGGCAUUUCAUAUAUAUCAUAAAAAGCACAAUAGAGUGAAAGGUCGUUCUCUGGACGGGUGUUUCUCAGCAAUGAUGUCCAGGAAUGUUAUUCCCACUGCCUGUUGUGUCCAAGGUAUCUUAUUUUCUGAAGAAAGACACACUCUUUUUGCCAUGAGCUACAUUGACAAAUGCUGGGAGAUAUACAGAGCUUUUCACAGCCCGAAUCCCAAACCUCCCUUUGAACCCACAAUGAAGAUAAGGCAAUUUGUUUGGAUGUUGGAUGAAUUGAAACUUAUCAACAAACAAUUAACUGUUUCAAAACUUGUGAAAAUAUUUGUCAAAGUUGGUGCCUCACCACGUGGUAGGACUGGUAUCAACAUGGAACUGGAGUUGGUUUUUCUGGAAUUUUUUGAAGCUCUUCUUGAAUGUGCAGUGGUGUACGUUACCCAUGACAUGGUUAAGGAGCAAAUAGCUCAUGAGAAUCAGAACAGAGCUAGCUUUAGAUUCAAGAACUUCUCCAGAGAAACCUCAACUUUGUACUCAGGAUAUUCUCAGCCACUGAGGUCUCGUGAAGACAAAGAGCAGUGUCAGCAUGCAUCUCUUCUGGAGACUGUCCUCUCAUUUGCCCCAGCUUGUGCAGACAGCAAAGAUGAUCUGUCAUUGUCCAGCUGGGAUGCAGGAAAAGAACCAGAUUCAUCUUCAGCAAAGGAAUUGGGAGAUGAAGCAAAAGAAGACAAAACUGAACAAGAUGAGAAAUUUUGUCUGUGGAUGUAUCAGAUGGAAAUCUUUUUCACAGCUAAACUCUUCCCUGCUUACCAGCAGGAAAAAGUGCUGAGGCAAAAAGUAGAAGAAAAGCAAAAGGAGGAUGUUGAAUUAGCUGAGCUGAGAAAGAUCAAGGAUGUGGAGCUGGCAAAACUCAUUGCUGAAAGAGAAGCAGAAGAGGUAAGAAGACAAGAAGCAGCUGCAGCAGAAAAGGCACGUGCCUCCCAGGGUGCAGAUGCUGAGGAGGCAGAGGAUCCUGUCCCACAGGAAGUGUCCCCGCGGAAGGGAAGCAGAGCGCGCCUGGCAAAGGGGGAGGCACAGAAGGGAGGGCCCUCUGCAAAGAAAGAUGCCCACAGGAAAGACUCCUCACAGAAGAAAGAGGCCCAAAAGAAAGCACCCUCAGAGAAGAAAGAGGCACAGAAGGCAGCACCUGCAGGUAACAAGGGGCCUGCUAACAAGAAAAACAAACCCUCUGGUAAAAACCACUGAAACUUCAAACAAGUUCUCUUCAAAUAGAAAAAAACCCCAAACAAACCAGAACAACAACACUUGUAGGGAGCUGUAAACAUUAUAAGACUGUAUGCACAAGAA